AUGGUGCAGCAGCCUUUAGGGUGCAUCCCGGCACGCAACAAUGGCUUUCCGAGUCCAUCGGAGCGCAAACAACGGCGGUGGACGAGGGGCUACGUCGAGGGAAUGCUAUGGAACGUGUUGGUUAUUCUGGCGGUGGAGAUCAAGAAGCAAGUCGCCAGCACGCGAGAUAUUUUGUGGAGUUUGAGAGUUUCGGAGCUGCGCAAAAGGGCCUUGACGAUCGCAGGAAAUCAAAUGGAUCGGCCGCAUCGCAUCGACGCUGGUCUCUAUAGCUCAUUUAGCAUGCGACCGUUUACUUGGACGUGGCGCAGCAGACCGAGUACUAUGAAGUGGGAAAGUCGGUUAGCACGGCAGGAUUUGGGCAGUGCUGGGAGUAGCACAACUCACCAAGAUAUUGCCAUCGCAAGGACAGGGCCCCGGGCAAAGGGUACAAGCGGGAACGCAGCAGACUACGUCUUCCGCUUGGGCAGUGACGUUGGCAGGGGCGAGGAUAGACGGCGGAUCUGCGGCAACAGAGGUAGGAGUCGUGAUCACGGAAUUGGUAGCAGGGACUGUGAUCGCGGUAGCAAUGGCAGCCAAGCUAAGUAG